UUCUAUGCAGGAUUGAGAAUAGUUCUCUAAUUUUCCGUUUUUAGUGCAGAACGGGAGAAUCUGAUUGGUCAUCUAGUUGUUCCUUUAGGGAAUUUUGUGUCCAUGACCUUUUUGAUUUUUUUUUUCUCCCUGUAUAGAUGCUGCAGCCACAGUUCAGGUCUCCCACCACGCCAAAGAUCUUGUCGCAGCUCUUCCAGAUCAUCCCUGGAAAGAACCCGUACAAGCAGCGCAAUCCGUUGGUGUGCCGCCGCUGCGCUGUGGUUGGUAAUUCAGGCAACUUGCGAGGUUCCGGCUAUGGAAAAGACAUUGACGGCCACAAUUUCAUCAUGAGGAUAAACCAGGCCCCGACACUCGGCUUUGAGAACGACGUCGGCUCGAAGACCACUCACCAUUUCAUGUACCCCGAAAGCGCAAAAAACCUUCCGCCCAACGUCAGCUUCGUCCUGAUCCCAUUCAAAGCUCUGGACCUGCUGUGGAUCACCAGCGCCCUCUCCACGGGGCAAAUCCACUUCACAUACGCCCCGGUGAAGGCCUUUCUGCGGGUGGAUAAGGAUAAGGUCCAAAUCUACAAUCCAGCUUUCUUUAAAUACAUCCAUGACAGCUGGACAAAACAUAAAGGCCGCUACCCUUCCACCGGCAUGUUGGUCCUUUUCUUUGCCCUUCAUGUCUGCGAUGAGGUGAAUGUUUUUGGUUUUGGUGCGGACAAUCAUGGUAACUGGCAUCACUACUGGGAAAACAACCGCUACUCUGGAGAAUUCCGCAAAACCGGGGUGCACGACGCAGACUCUGAGGCGCUGCUGAUCGACACCUUGGCCCGUGAAGGGAAAAUCAAAGUGUAUCGCAGUACAUGAGGCCCCAUCUGGGCCACACACCCACACUACUACCAGCCCACAUGACUGACAAGAUACCCGGGGCGGCACGCCUCUCAGGAAUUUAUCACCAACCAGGAUCGCAGCAAGCUGCCAUUUUGUUACCGUGGCUCCCUGAGGAUUUGCUGUCUGCGGUUGUUAUGCCACUGUAUAUGAUUUUCUUUCUUGGAUGCCAAAUUCUGGAUCACCGGCAGAUGUGUUGGUGUCAUCAGAGGCACUUGUAUGUUCCUGCCGUUAUUCUGUCUUUACGAUUUUUUUCAAACUGGAAGAUUACUUGCAUCUCUUUCAAACGAAUCCUGUGCACUGGUGUUGGAGAAGAGCUAAUGCAUCCCAGCCACUUGGCCUCAUCUUCAUUAAGCUAAAUGUCGUGCACGUAUUACAGAAAUCUUAGUAACUAUGAGCUCUGCAGACUGGAUUUUUCCACAUUUGUAAUUUGCAGGACCUGUAUUGUACAUAAGCCACCCAACGAGGGGUGCCCCGGGUUCCCAGGGCAGUUUAACGGGGGGUUUUACUUUGUUCACUUUAUUGACAAUCUGUUGGAGGGUAUCUAGCUGAGCUUGUACAAUCCUCAUUGCUGCAUCAGCCAAUCGUUUUUGUAGGCCUUAAUAUUCGAUGCUCCAUUUCUGCUGCUCGUGGAUUUAUCUGGAGAGAACCCUGACUUUAAGGGCAGCUCCGCCUCCAAAGAGCCGUAGGAGGUGACCAUUCGGUACGACUAAUCCCUACGUUAGGGCGAAGCGGUCACUUCCAAGAGGAAUAAAGCUAGUCUUGGAGGUGACAAGACCCGUUCUUUGCGGUAGAGGUGGAGCUGUCUAUGAGUGGGCCUGGUCACCCGUGGAAGAUUCCAGUAAGCAUGAUGGUGCGCCUGGGAAGGAGGCCAUCAUGUUGGUUUGUAUAGUUUAACGGCAGCUCAUUCAUUUCUGAACAUUGAAAGUCCAUUGUCUAAACUCUUUAUGAAGGGUUUGGUUCUGUAAAAAGAUUUCUGGCACCCCUUGGGGCCCCAUAGUGUUAUACCGCAUCUGUAUUUUGAGUCAAAAGACAUUUUCUCUUGUGUUUUUUGUUUUUUUGUUAUAUUGAACAGUGGUUCAUUCUCCAAAGCCAAUGAGAAGCCUCUAUAGUGUCACAGGAGACGGCGGAGGGUUGGAAAGGAUCCUGUAGGGAGGAAACUAUAACUGGACUUGUGCUUAUUGGUGCUGAACAGAAGGGGGUCCUGGGUCGGACCCCAAUUCACACACCAGUGUUUGUUUUUAUGUAAAAUGCUCCCAACAUCCAGAACAUGUGGCAGAGGUUGUACAAUGCUGUUCAAUUGUGUGAUCCUUCUCCUGCUGUCCGACCUUGUCAGAGAUGUGGCCAAUGUCUGCUAUGCUCUCCUAAUGAAGACCUAGGGAACUGAGCCAGCAGUAUAUAGAUUUGUUACAUUUUUUAUAUUAGAAUCUGGCAGAGAAGCCUGUACAUAAAUGGUAAAUGGACAAUCCCAUCCCCACCUGGGGGGGUGCCUUUUACCUUGUCUUGGAGCGAAAGGAUGAGUAUGCAAAGCCAUAGGGAUUAAUCCAGAUAUAUACUUUUAUUGUCAUAGUUUAAGGAUCUCGUAUCAGUGGUUCUCAGACUCCUCAAGUACCCCCCAAUGGGCCAUGUCUUAUCAAUACCAUGUCAUUGACAUUGACUUAAAG